ACAAAGGAGGCGGCCGGCAGCCCAGCUGUUUUGAAAAAUGCUUCCUGUUUCUUUAAAGGCGCUCGCGGCUCGGGCGGCCGGGGCUGGGGAGGCGGCGGCGGCGGGAGCUGCCUCCUCUCCGGGCGGCGGCGCUGACUGAUCUCGCGAACUGGGCUUCUGUGUAAACUGAGGCUAAACAAACACAGAUGGAGCGCAGCGGGCGUUCUCCAGAAAUGCUGGCAAGGCGGCAGCGACUUCAGAUGACACUCUGAGCGCUCCGGGAACGGACAGCCCGGCGGCUUCGCGGAGCCGGCGGCGCAGCUGCCCCGGGCGAGGGGGAGAAAGGGAGGGAGGAGGGCGGCGCGAGCAGGGGGGAGAGCCCGAGACUCCCAGGCGCUGAGCGCGGCGGCCGCCCGGGCAGAGCCGGCGCGCAGCGUGCAGAGCGAGCGCGGCGGGCGCGCGGCCCGGGCAGCCCCACGCCCCUGCCUCGCGCGCUGCCCGCGCCAUGAAGCACAUCCCGGUUCUCGAGGACGGGCCGUGGAAGACCGUGUGCGUGAAGGAACUGAACGGCCUCAAGAAGCUCAAGCGGAAAGGCAAGGAGCCGGCGAGGCGCGCGAACGGCUAUAAAACUUUCCGAUUGGACUUGGAAGCGCCGGAGCACGGCGCCACCGCCACCAACGGGCUGCGCGACAGGACCCAGAGGCUGCAGCCGGUCGCGGCCCCGGUGCCAGCCCAGCUGGCGCCGGCUGUUCCCUCAGGUGGGGGAGCGGACCCGGCUGGGGAGCGCCGGGGCGCUCGGGCGCCGGAGGUCUCCGACGCGCGGAAGCGCGGCUUCGCCCUGGGCGCAGUGGGGCCUGGUCUCCCCACGUCGCCGCCGCCGCCGCCGCCUCCGGCACCCCAGGGCCAAGUACCCGGGGGUCCCGAGGCGCAACCUUUCCGGGAGCCCGGCCUUCGUCCCCGUAUCUUGUUGUGCGCACCGCCUGCACGCCCCACGCCAUCAGCGCCCCCUGCGCCCCCGGAGUCUUCCGUGCGCCCCGCGCCCCCCACGCGCCCCGGGGAAAGUUCUUACUCGUCAAUUUCACACGUAAUUUACAAUAACCACCCGGAUUCCUCCGCGUCGCCUAGGAAACGGCCGGGCGAAGCGACCACCGCUGCCUCGGAGAUCAAAGCCCUGCAGCAGACCCGGAGGCUCCUAGCGAACGCCAGGGAGCGGACGCGGGUGCACACGAUCAGUGCAGCCUUCGAGGCGCUCAGGAAGCAGGUGCCGUGUUACUCCUACGGGCAGAAGCUGUCCAAACUGGCCAUCCUGAGGAUCGCCUGUAACUACAUCUUGUCCCUGGCACGGCUGGCGGACCUCGACUACAGCGCUGACCACAGCAACCUCAGCUUCUCCGAGUGCGUGCAGCGCUGCACCCGCACCCUGCAAGCCGAGGGGCGCGCCAAGAAGCGCAAGGAGUGACUGGCCCCAGGCUAGACCAAGGAUGCUGCUGUGCGCCUUCUUUCUGGUCAAGCCUGAGGAGAAGUUGAGCUCUCCAAAUCCAGCCUUGUCUUCUUCUCCAAGAUACCACCAGAUGCUCAGACCACUGCCUCUCAGGGUGGGGCGGGGGUACACCUGCCUCCCUCUCACCCUCCUGUCCCCCCUCGGCCACUCCGGUGACUCCGCACUUUGCCCUCUGCCUGGCGGGGGGGAGGGGGAGAGCAAAGCCUCCUCCUUGCCCAGGGCUGCAGAAAUUCAUUGCCAAAGAUUCCACAGAGACACUGAACAAAUUGUGAGAACACCCCUCAGUGGGAAGCCGCACCAUUGCUCUAUGACUUGUGCUCUUCCUAUUGCCAAAGCCAUCCCAAGCCAAAGACGAGUCAGCAGCGAUCCCACUGGAAACUCAUGGAAGGGAUGGCUGUUUGGUGACCAUUGGAAGGGCUCGACCCUCUGACCUGGAACUCUUUUUCUACACUGGGCCCUGAGCCGGCUGGGUACAAGAUAAACUUUCGGGAGGUGGUGAGAGAGGGCUGGGGACACUUGCAUGGAGUGGGAUAUGAGAUCCUGGCCCUCUUCUCGCCUUCGCACUGGCUGCCUAGGCCUCUGACCCUGAUUCACAGUGUUCCCUGGGUCCAGGCUCCUUGGUCCCUGAGCAUCAAGGCAAAGGAGGAAGGGAGGAAAGAAGCAAUAUUGUAUUCCACCCCAGGGACUAGCCCCACCAAGGUCACCUAAAGGGUCUCUGUUGCCCAGCCAGGCCAGCCAGCCACGCCUUGCCUGUAGCCCUCACUUCUGGCUGGGAAAACAAGAUGGUGCCCUGCACGAAGGCCAGUAGUCUGUUCCCGGUUAUGCAGCGGGGAGGGGGGUGCAGAGGGGAAGAAGGGACCAGGGGAACGGGCCAGUAAGUUGGGGAGGGGGGAAGGCAUGUUCAAAGCCAAGGCCUGUUCUUCCUUGUGCUCAAAAGGCCAAAGCUGUUCACAUCUGUGCUCAACCAUCUGCUUCAAAUUGAAGUAAAAGCCCCAACAUGUAAAGAAAACACUUGCUCGUGUUGAAUGGACUCUGUGGGCGAUCAGGACUGUGGCUGGUCAGUUGAGGGGCAGUUGUGGGGGAGGGGAGAGGCUGGUCUCAGCCUAGAGGUUGAGAACCCUUCAGGAAGUGGCCAGUGUGUGAGUGUGUAUGUCUGUGUGUGUCAGGGGGUAGGAGACCUGCAGCAUGCCCUCAGCCUGGACUAGUGACCAGGACGCCUGGUCAGAAACGUGAGGAGCUCUUUCCACCUCAGACCUCACUCACUUCGUUCAGCCCCAGGACACCUUCUCUUGUCUGUUCUUCAGGCUCCUGGGCCGGGGUCGGAGUGUCUGCAGGCCCAGUGGGCUGACCGGAGCCUCCCUCCCUUGCACAAGCAUUUCCCAGGCACAGCCCUUGGGCAAGAACCAGAUUGUUGAGCUGUUCUGGAUCUGGGACAGAAGCAGGGGACCCAGAUGUUCAUAGUGUUCCUCAAAGCAAAGGUGCCCUGGAAGCCAGAUAGACAGAGUGGGCUUGGGAUGGAGGUGACAAGGGGAUGGUUCAGAAAAGGAGCACCUGGAUGGCUCUGUCGGUGAAACAGCUGGCUCUUGGUUUUGGCUCAGGUCAUGAUCCCAAGACCCUGGCAUUGAGUCCGGAGCUGGGAGUCUAUUUGGGGCUUCUCUCUCUCUCUCUCUCCCUCUCCCCCUCCCCCUGCUCAUACACUCUCUCUCUAAAUAAAUUUAAAUACAUCUCUAAAUAUAGAGACAGAGAGGUUGGUCACCUAGCACUCCAGGCACAGGUCACAAACCCACUCUCUUGUCUCUCUGAAUUUCUGAGUAAUGCUUGUGGCACUUCCUAAGGAAACAGGAAGUGUGGACCAAUCAGCAUCAAACCUAUUGACAUAAGAGGACCCUUUCUGUUAUUAAAAUGUAGGGAGGUACCCCCAUCCUGCUGCCAGGGGACCAGAGUCAUUGCCUUCCCACCGAGAGAAACCCACGGCCUCCACUCCCCACCCGUCUUGUUCCUGGCCUUCAUUACAUACUUCUAUUUCAUUCUGAAGCUUCUAUGGAUCACCGGCUGCGUAUCAGACAUGGAAUUAGGUGUCGGCAAUAGACAGCUCUCACAUAGCACUUUUCUUCACAGAGGUCAUGGUUCUUAUAGACAAGCAAAUCAUUAUGACGCAGUCAGAUAUCUAAGAUGGUGUUGGGAACUUCAGGAAAGGAAAAACCAGCUCUCCCUGGGCAGUUGUCAGGAAGAGCUUUCCUCCAAAGGGGACUUGGGAGUUGGGUCUUGAAGGAUGAAUAGAAGUUUUCUGUGCAGAGGAAUGGGAGAAGGGCUUUCUACACAUACGAAUAACUUAGCCCUGGAAGGACAUUGGAAUCACCUCAGGAGAUGAUUAAAUAUUGAUAUGAAGUAUUUAUGCCAAAGUCCCAUCUCCAGAAAUUAUAAUGUAUCUGGAAUGUUCCUGGGGCACUGGGAUUUUUAAGAAAUUCCCUACGUGAUUCCAAUGUGCCAGCAAGGUGGACAACUACUGGUUUAAAGUGGGCUUGGGUCUCAGACCUAAAAGCAGUUUAUGGGGAUGCAGGCUGGGCCAAAAAUGCAGAUGGAUGGAUGUGCGUGUGUGUAUAGUUCUGUGUGCACAUGCACACAACACGCGUGUGGGGAAUGAUUAAAAGUUCAUGCUUUUCUUUCUUCUUCCAGCUUCCCCACCAGCACAGCAGCUUGUGUGUUUUUGCACAUACACACACAAACAUACACUCCUCCUCAUG